AUGGCUGAAUCCAACGAAGCUGAGGUCCUUCGUCGGAAGCCUGAGAACCUUGCCGUCUACACCAACCCCGACCAUGAGCUUUACCUGAAGCGAACGGAAAUUCCUACUCCAGGCGAGGGAGAAUGUCUCGUUCAUGUCCGCGCCACAGGAAUCUGUGGCUCCGAUGUCCACUUCUGGAAGGCAGGCCACAUCGGAGAGAUGGUCGUCACGGGAGAGAAUGGUCUUGGCCACGAAAGCGCGGGAGUUGUCGUCGCAGUUGGACCCAACACGAGCAAGUUCCAGGUGGGCGAUAGAGUCGCAAUGGAAUGCGGCGUGCCGUGUUCAAAGCCGUCUUGCUUCUUCUGCCGUACGGGACAGUACAAUGCUUGCCCCGACGUCGUGUUUUAUUCAACACCACCAUACCAUGGAACGCUGACACGCUACCACGCACACCCGGAAGACUGGCUUCACAAGAUCCCAGAUACGAUAUCCUUUGAAGAAGGAUCGCUUUUGGAGCCGUUGUCUGUAGCUUUGACUGGCAUCGAACGAUCAGGCGUUCGCCUGGGUGAUCCAGUCGUCAUUUGCGGUGCUGGGCCUAUCGGUAUCGUCACCUUGAUGGCGGCCAACGCAGCCGGUGCCAAUCCAAUUGUCAUCACGGACAUCAACGAGAGCAGACUGCAGAUUGCAAAGAAAGCAGUUCCGAGAGUGCGAACCGUACUGGUUACCGCGGGUAAGGACGCGCAAGCGGUUGCUGAAGAUGUCAAGACGACUUUGGGUCAGGAAGCCAAAUUGGUCCUGGAAUGCACUGGUGUGGAAUCAAGUGUCAUCACCGGUAUCUACGUGAGCAUGCCGUUUUGGUGGAAUGGUUUUCGUCAUCGGCUGUGGGAAAGAUUUGCGACCAUUCCCUUCAUGUACAUGGCUGGAAAAGAAAUCGACCUACGAUUUCAAUUCAGAUACCGUGACAUAUAUCCCCGAGCCAUCGGCCUUGUCUCUGAGGGGGUUAUUGACCUGAAGCCGCUGGUCACUCAUCGCUAUACUCUUGAGGAGGGGGAGAAAGCCUUCAAGACGGCUUCAGACCCCACUGCAUUGGCCUUGAAGGUUCAAAUACUUGACGACUGA